CCUCAAAAGUCUGCUGCAGUGCUUGUGCUCCUUCAGCAUACCAUGAAUGCAGGAUGCAGCGAGUCAUAUAAAGGAUUCUCUUCUUCACAGAAUGAAAGAAAGACAUGAAGUGCAAACCUGAAUGCAACCUGAAAGGUCCAAAUAGAUGAGCUUGUGACAUCCUUUUCCAGAGCCCAGGGAUUUCACAUACCCCAGCUGUGCCUCCUCAGAUUUGAACAACACUGCUUAAGACUAUCCAAAUAUUUCGACUGUUCCAGCUGUCACAGAAAAUAACUGGGGCCAGCUGAAUGUCAGGAUGCAAGCAGUAACUGUUAUAAUACUACUUCUUCUCUGUAAAGCAUCUGACUUUAGGAAGACAAGGAACAGGAGUCUGAGAAACAAUGAAAGGGAAAAUACCUUAAGGAAAGCUUCUAGCACUGUUAAGCGCAAUGCCCCAGGCCUCCCCUGUGACAUCUACACUUAUCUUCAUGAGAAAUACUUAGAUUGCCAGGAAAGAAAAUUGAUUUUUGUAUCACCUGAUUGGCCUGAUGAUUUAAAACACAUGCUGCUAGCAAGAAAUAAGAUUCGUAAACUGAAGAAUAAUAUGUUUUCCAAGUAUAAAGCAUUAAAAAGUCUGGAUUUACAACAGAAUGAUAUAUCAAAAAUUGAGAGCCAGGCUUUUUUUGGUUUGAAUAAGCUUACCACACUCUUACUUCAGCAUAACCAAAUUAAGAGUUUAUCUGAGGAGGUUUUUAUUUACACACCUGUCUUAAACUACCUACGUCUUUAUGAUAAUCCCUGGCAUUGCAACUGUGACCUGGAAACUCUUGUUACAAUGCUACAGAUUCCAGCAAACAGGAAUUUGGGAAAUUACGCCAAGUGUGUGCAUCCAAUAGAACUGAAAAAUCAGAAGUUAAAGCAGAUAAAAGCUGACCAGCUUUGUGGUGAAGAGGAAAGGCAGGACCCCCAAAAUAUAAAAAGGGAGAAGCCUGAAGCUAUCAAACCAGAAUUUGAUUCCUCUUUGUGCCACAUGUAUGUGUUUCCUGUACCAACUCUGAAUUGCAAAAGAAAAGAUUUAAAGAAAGUUCCAGGUAACAUACCUCCAGAUAUAGUUAAACUCGAUUUAUCCAACAACAAAAUUAGACAACUGCGAGUCAAAGAGUUUGAAGAUGUCAGUGAACUGAAGAUAUUAAACCUAAACAGUAAUGGAUUAACUUACAUUGAUCCUGCUGCUUUCUCAGGGCUCAUUAACUUAGAGGAGCUGGAUCUAUCAAACAACAGCUUGCAAAAUUUUGAAUAUGGGGUACUGGAAGAUCUUUACUUUCUGAAAAUACUGUGGCUGAGAGAGAAUCCUUGGAGAUGUGAUUACAACAUUCAUUACCUUUUCUACUGGUUGAAGCAUCACUACAAUGUUCACUACAAUGGCCUAGAAUGCAAAAUGCCUGAGGAAUACAAAGGAUGGUCUGUUGGAAAAUAUGUUCGAAGUUAUUAUGAGGAGUGCCCAAAAGACAAGCUGACCAUUUAUCCAGAAAAUUUUGAUCUGGACAAAGAUGAUGAGGAAUGGGAACGACACAAAGAACAAUCAGUUCAAACAGUAAAGAAGCAUGGUGUAAUUGUCACUGUGAUAGGCUAAUAAGGGAAACUUUUUUGUUAGUAGAUUCAAAUAUUUGAUACUCUGACACAAAAAAAAUCAUUGUUUACAUUUUUCAUUAACUAUACAGAUUGUUCAUAAGAGUAUCUGCCUACAACCAUUUCUUUUUAUUACAGUUAAUAAUUACAGAAUGGCAUUAGUUAUACAGCAUCCCUCAGAAAGUUAUUGUUUCUGACAAUUUGCUCAGGACAAUGCUUGUGAAAUAUUCUGGCAAUUAUCUGAAACUUUGCAAUAGAGAUGGACAGAUACAAAUGUAGAGCUGUGGCGGGGAGGAGCUGUUUUAUGCACAAACAUGGCUUAUGUGUUGACAGGAAUUUGCUGCAGGAUUGUGACCAAGACACAUUUUCCUUGAAUGUAUUGCCAGUACUUUAUAUCUACCAGUUUCCUGAAAUACUCCCAGAAGACAUUUCUAUGAUUUUUGUAUCAGCUUCCUGUUGUUUAAUUGUAUAUGAAAAAUCGAACUGAAGACUUAUCUUAAAUACAGUUCUAGAAUAACAGGAAUGACUGUUGUUAUAUUGAUUAGGAUACAAACCCAGAACUGGGUUCUACUAGCUUAUUUACGGCUGUUCAUGUUCAGUCUUGAGUGCAUAACGCAGCCUCUGCCUCUUCCGUAAUAGAGUUGUCAGAAAAUAGGAAUAACGAAGACACAGUAGGUUCCCAAAACCCAGCUGCAAAUGCUUGUAUCGGCCUUCUUUGGCUUUUGGAGUAGCAGUGCUGAAGUCUUUCUAGGAAGUGUUUUAGGCUGUCACGUCAGUUUGAUGUAAGUUACAUGACAACAUUUCUAGAUGAAGUGGAACCCAUGAGGACUGCUGUGGUCUGCAUUCCACACGCAGGUGCCCAUCCCAGCUGAAGGUAAGUAUGCUUUUGAGCGCUCACUAAAGGUGUGGGAUUCUCAAAUUCCCCCCAUCCAUGACUCAACUGUAAAAUGCGGAAUAUAGUACCUCCUUAUCUCACCAGGGUCUUACAAGAAUACAUUCAUUAAAGACUGCGAUGCAUUCGAAUAUUAUUGCAAUAGGGCCAUACAAAUUCCCUAGCUAAACAGACAAUACCUCUAAAUACAUAAUUUCUUACUAUAUAAUAUAGUGGGUAAAUGUUGCCUUACAAAAAAGCUGUUUUUACUGAAUUGCUGUACUUUGCUUUUACAUAAUACUUCUGGUUUUUAAAUCUCCGUGCCAUUUAAUAUUAAACUAACAGAAUUAGUGUCUCUUAAAGAUAGGUAUUAUACUGUCUUUUUUUAGAGAUGGGAUGAAUAAAUAAGUCCCCAAGCUAACAUGGUGGACAAGAAGGAGAUGAUGGAAUAAAACUUUGGUAUUCCCAGCUCUAGUCCUAAAUCAAACUACUACUCUUAGAUCAGUAAGAAAUAUGUAAGUGCAGGAUAGAGAUUCAGGGCCAAAACUUUAAAUAUCUGUUAGCUAUCAUGGAUGUUCUGGAACGCUCUACGGACAAAAACUGAUCCUUUAAAGCUCUGCACAGAAUCAUGGAGUUCACGGAUUCCGCUGGUGCUUCAGCCAGAAGCCCAAAAAGUCAAAUCCUUUUUAAAAAAAGUGUAAUACAGACCACUCAGAAAAAUUUUACACCAACAUGAAAUUAAAAUAAAUGAAAUAUUCAUAAAAUAUUAAGGAUGGUAGGAAGGCCUAAGAAUCCUUAAGCAAAAACGUGCUGUAAGUCAUUGUAUCUCUUCAUGUUCCCCAUUAUUAAGAUUAUCAAUCUAUUUAAUGUUGCUUUACUGAUAAGCUCAAUAAUUUAGCCAUCUCUUUUGGAUCAUCUUUUCAAAACUUUAUAGCAAUACAACAGUAUAUUACUCAUUCCUGUUCCUGGGAAUAUCUUAAGCAUUAUCUUACUUAUUAAAGGAUAAUCCUUAGAAGAUGGAAUACAGAUGAGAUUCCCAUUUGGCCAGAAAUAUUCACUAGGUGGGGCAUUUUCUAGAAACCUUUAGAAGUGCCAAAAGAAAAAAAAAUCUCUCAUAGGUAGUAGCCAGCAUUAUGUGAACUCCUCCUCCUCCUCCUCCUCCUUUCAAACUCUGGGGGAUUUUUUCAGUACAGAAUGGAACCACUGGGAAUGACUAAAAAGGACAGAUAAUGGAACCACAACAGAACAGCUGUUAUUGGCAGUACAACUAAUGGAGAAAAGCUGAGCUGGAAAAAAUGAGUUUAUAAACUAUGUUAGGUUAAUUUCUGCAGACAAAGAGUCAGUGUUCAGGAAAAAAAAAAAGCUAGAGGUAGGCCAAGGUCACGGCACAAAAGACAGUCCAUGAAAAGUAUAGCAGGAAGGCUGGGUGAGAGGUCUCUGACCUCUGUGGUCAGCAAGAGGUUAGCAGUUGGAAAAGCAAUGGAGUAAGACUGAGGACCACAAGCAGUGGCCUAACUGCUGUAGAUAAGAUCACAGGCUGUGGGGACUGCCAAACAGAUCACAAAGUGUCCCUCUUAGGAUCAAAGCUAAUACUCGGGAGUAGCAGUGAUAGAUUAAAGACAACUGUUCAGUAGAAACCAAAGUUAAGGGUGAAAUCUCUCAGUAGAGUCUAUAAGUCCAGUUUACUUUACUGUUAGUAAAGUGUCCAUCAACAUGGAGACUCUAAGGGAUUGUGUCUCAACAACUGUCUUGCAAAUAAAGGUUUCACUGUGGAUUUAA